AAGGCCAUUAACCUUAACCGUUUCUAGACAAAUUUUCACCGCAUUCCGGAGUGCAUUCUCCGAUCAUUGCCUGUUAAUUUCCGGCGCCGAUCCGAGCAAUUGAAGGAAUUGUUGAGGGGUUAAAGGAUGAGUCAAGUAUUUGAGGGUUAUGAGCGGCAAUACUGUGAGAUAUCUGCUAAUCUUUCGAAAAAGGUUACUUCAGCUACUGUUCUCGAUGGAGAACAAAAGAAACAGAAGGUAUCCGAAGUUGCAGGAGGAUUAGAAGAUGCCGAGGCACUGAUACGUAAAAUGGAUCUAGAAGCUAGGAGCUUGCCGCCAGGUGUGAAAGCUACACUUCUUGUCAAGUUGAGAGAGUACAAAACAGACUUGAACAAUUUGAAAUCAGAAGUGAAGAGGAUCGCAUCGGGUAAUGCCAACCAAGCAGCUCGGGAUGACUUGAUGGAAUCAAGUAUGGCGACGGCAUCAGCAGAUCAACGAGCAAGGCUGCUGAUGUCAACUGAAAAAUUAGGUAAGUCGAGCGACAGGAUCAGGGAAGGUCGUAAAACAAUGCUUGAAACUGAAGAGCUUGGAGUCUCGAUUCUUCAUGAUCUCCACCAGCAACGGCAAUCCCUACUGCAUGCACAUAACAACCUUCAUGCGGUGGAUGAUAACAUCGGCCGGAGCAAAAAAAUUCUGACCAACAUGUCGAGAAGGAUGAGCAGGAACAAAUGGAUCAUCGGCACUAUCAUCGCACUCUUGGUAAUUGUCAUAGUCGUUAUUCUCUACUUCAAGCUGACCCGCCGCUCGUCUUCAUAACUGGAAUUUGAUUCCGUUGUUUUGGAUACAAUCUCUAUGCCACAUGAUUUGCAUUUGUCAUCCUUGAGUUGUUUGAAUCUCAAAUAAAUCGAUACGACUCAUUUUGCAAUUUUGAUGUCGCUUAUACUAUAACGUUUCAAUACGACUUCAUUUUUUUGAUU